AUACAUUUAUCAAACGUCGAAAAGUUAAAGCAUUUUGAAUAAUUAACUCACUUUCUAUCUUUUAUUAUUAAUUGAUACCAUAAAAUACAUUCACUGGACCAAAGUAUUAAUAUGGACCAGAAUAAAGCAAGAAGUCACUGAUGUAAAGCUGUAAACCCUUGUCCCUUGUAAACAAACACGCUCUGGCUUGACUGAGUGUUGACUCUUGAGGCGGAGAGGAAGAAGAGGAUAAAGGAAGCUUGUGUGGAAGGAAGUUGUGUUUUGAAGGCGGCGAUUUGAGACCAAGGCGAUGGGUGACCGGUACAACAUUCACUCACAGCUUGAGCAUCUGCAGUCCAAGUACAUUGGCACAGGACAUGCGGACACGGCACAGUUUGAGUGGUGCGUCAACCAGCAGCGUGACACCUACGCCUCCUACAUGGGCCACUUUGAUAUGUUGAACAUGAUCGCCAUCGGAGAGAAUGAGACCAAGGCCAGGGUCCGCUUCAAUAUGAUGGAGAAAAUGGUGCAGCCGUGUGGACCACCACCAGAGAAGAACGAGGACUGAUUUGCUUGUGUUGUCCACUAACUCUGUGUAAGACUGGGAUUAAAACUUAAAAAUUUAGAAAAUGAACCUAAAUGAUGAUGGGAGUGUAAGAGGAUUUCAGGGAUAUUGGGAGAAAUAGAACUUACAUUUAAAUCAGAAAAGAACUUGAAUAUAAAUGGGAAGUAGAACUUGAAUUUGAGUGGGAAAAGAAUGUAGUGUUUGGGAAAAUAAGUUGAUGUCAUGUGAUGAAAUCAAAUGACGUAUAGACCUUUUCUUCAAAUAUUUUAUAAAUAAAGCUUUAAAAGACA